GUCAGGCAGCACUGACGUUGACUUGAGAUAACAGAAUAUUUUGGUCUAUUUAUUAAACACAGAUUGCAAAAAAAGUGUAUAUCGUGCAACAGGAGGCGGGAGUUGUAGGCAGCCUGGCAGGCGGAACUCAGGGCAGUAAUGGUUUGUUCCGGGGCGCUGUGUGGUCUACGGUCUGCUAUAGCAACCGAGAAGUGGACUCACCAACACUAAAGAAACUGGCCUGGAUGAAGUUGGGACGUGGAAAUUCUAUCAACAUCUCUGACAGUCUGAUGGUUGGCUCCUUUCUCAAAGCAAAUCAGUCUAUGAAAUAUGGAUGGUGGAAAUAAAGAUGUGCAGGCAGAGCUGGACUCAGUGGAGGCCGAGCUGGAGUUGGUGGAGCUACAGAUAGCAGAGCUCCUGCAGAAGCAGGCGGAGCUGAAUUCUCGUAAAGACGCACUGCUGCAGCGGCUGGAGGAGGCCUGCGAUGCUGCACAGCCGUCCUCCUCUUCAUCCUCAUCUUCCUCAAAAUCAUCUAAAGUUGAUCCAGCAAUGAGCAAGCAGGAGAUGCAGCUCUAUGAUGGCACAGAUUUUCCAUGGUCCAAAGAGGUGGAGCAGCACCUGAAGGACUCGUUCCAUCUCUCCACAUUCAGACCACUGCAGCUGAGGGCCAUCAACCUGACCAUGUCAAGCAAAGAUCUAUACCUAGUGAUGCCCACAGGAAGAGGGAAAAGCCUCUGUUACCAGCUGCCUGCUGUCUGCUCCAAGGGUUUUACAUUGGUUGUCACUCCCUUGGUGUCCCUGAUGGAAGACCAGAUCAUGUACCUGAAGUCCAUUGAUGUGUCCGCAGUGAUGCUGAAUGCGUCGAGUAGCAAGGAGCAUGCCAAAACCGUCAUGGCUGGCAUGAUGGAUCCCAAGGCCACUUUCAAGCUGCUGUACGUGACUCCAGAGAAGAUCGCCAAGAGCAAGCUGUUCAUGUCUCGUCUGGAGAAAGCCUACAACGUAAACUUGCUGAGUCGUAUCGCUGUGGACGAGGUGCACUGCUGCAGCCAGUGGGGACAUGACUUCAGACCAGAUUAUAAACUACUGGGCAUUCUAAAGAGGCAGUUCCCCAAAGUCCCAUUACUCGGGCUCACAGCCACAGCAACCAGCAGCGUCCUCAAGGACUGUGAGAAGAUCCUGUGUGUGCCACGGCCAAUCACACUCUCUGCAUCCUUCAACCGAACUAAUCUCUAUUACGAGGUUCGUAUUAAACAUUCUAACUCUGAAGCAUCGAUAAGUGACAUUGCCUCUCUGAUCAAGAACCAAUACAAAGACCAGUCAGGGAUCGUGUAUGUGUUCUCUCAGAAGGAUGCAGAGUCUGUGUCAUCAGAACUCCAGAAGAAAGACAUCCUUGCCUAUCCCUACCAUGCUCACAUGGAACCCGACGUUAAGUCCCGCAUUCACCGCAAAUGGACCUCCAACAAAAUCCAGGUGGUGGUAGCCACAGUGGCGUUUGGCAUGGGCAUCGACAAGCCUGACGUCAGGUUUGUCAUCCACCACACCAUCAGUAAGUCCAUUGAGAACUACUACCAAGAGAGCGGACGCGCAGGUCGAGACGACCGUCAAGCAGACUGCAUUGUCUACUUUGGCUUUGCUGAUAUCUUCAGGAUCAGCACCAUGGUAGUGAUGGAGAACGUUGGUCAGCAGAAGCUGCUGCAGAUGGUCGACUACUGCCAAAAUAUUGACAGGUGUCGGCGCUCUCUCAUGGCUGUUCAUUUUGAUGAGGUGUGGGACGAUGAAGGAUGCAACCAGAUGUGUGAUACUUGUCGCCAUGCAAAAGACUACACCACCGUGGACAUUACCCAGCAUGCCAAGCAGGUGGUGCAAAUCUUGGAGCUAGCAGCAUCCAUGGAUGAGAAGCUGACUCCUCUGAAGCUGGUGGAGGCGUGGAUGGGGAAAGGCCCAGCCAAGCACAGGAAGACAAUCCAGACCACCACACUGUCUCGGCUGCAGGCUGAAGCGGUGAUUGUGCGGCUGCUGCUGCAGGGAUACCUCAGAGAGGAUUUCAGCUUUACUCCGUACACUACCUACUUCUACGUGAAGCUGGGUCGCAAAGCUCCUCUGCUGAAGAACCAGACUCACACACUCACCAUGAAGAUGAGAACAGGGACUGCAUUUGCGGUGGACACAUCAGCCAAUGAGGAGGAGAUUGAUGUGACCUUUGACCCCAUUCUCAUGGACAACAGCUGUCCCCCACAGCCCAAACAGAAAGUAAUUAAAGAGCAGAAGAACCUGUCCAGGAAACGAGACCUGAAGCCAGACAGACAGACAGACAGAUGGACAGAGAGGGCAAACCAACAGCUGACAGAGGUUGAGGAGAAUAAAAGGAGGUCCAUCAUUCCCCAACAUGAAAUUGAGGUUGAUGUUGAAAUAAACAUUGUGAAUAACGGGGAUGUUCAGAAAGCGCCAUCACAUCCAGUUAAACCUUGUUCCAAACGCAAAUCCACCACCCCUCAAAGAAUGAGGAGGAAACCCUGCUGUGACGUGUCCGCAUCAGAUGUUCCCUCUCCGUCCCCAGGUGGCAACAUCCUGCCCAGCUCUCCGUCACACAACUCCAUCAUCUCUGAGACGGCAGCUGAAGAGCUCUGUGACCUGAGGAACUACUACAGCAAGCAGCUGAGGAGGAUCAACUACAUUUCCCAUGAAUACCUGGGGCAGCCUGCAGAGCCAGGAGUCCUGGCGUGCAUCAGGGAGCCUCUGAGGAGCCUCCGUCUGCCCCGCAGGGUGACCAUUGCCCAGACGGCGCGCAGCCUGUGGACACGAGUCAGUGGCAGGAGGAAGCUGGUUCACCAGUGACCGCAGCAGUUAGAUUUAAAGAGUAACUUUGUUUUUUAUUCCAACCUGGACCCUAUUUUCCUGUUCGUUAGUGUCUAAGUGGCAGCUGUGAACUGGGCUGCAAUUUAUAGGACAAGGGCACUGUGAAUUUGCGUCCAUUUAAAGUUGAGUUUUUUCCGCUGAUAGACACAGAUUGUUAUUCUAAGUGUCUGACAACAUUAUGGAAAGGCUCCCUAAGAGAUAGACCUUUUAGUUAAAGAGUUAACCAGAGAAAUCGCCAUUGCCGAACUCACCAUAGUGAUGAUUGUUGGAACAAUGGAAAGACGAGCCAAGUUGUCUUUUGGAAGUUUUGAUUUUUUUCUGUUGACUUUGAAUCAGUGUGUUUUAUGAUGAUAAAAUUACUGUUUAUUUAAAUGGAGUCUGGUGGGUUUUGCAAUGGCCAUUUUGGAGCAGUUUCACAAAAAGAUCUUUGUAGAGAUCCUUUCCAUAAUGUUGUCAGACACCAGCUGCCCAAUAACUUGCAUUGUAGCUUGUUUAACAGCGGUCUCUUGUAAUACUGGAUCAAUGUCAAAAAGGAAAAUAGGGUGCAGGUUGAAACAUUUUCCCCGAUAGGUUUAAUAUCAAGAAGCUCUAAUAGUGACUGACGGAUGCUGUAAUUACUCACAAAGAAUCAGCACAUAGUGCCUUUAAAUGCCCUUCAUAAACUUAUAAAUACUUUUCAUACCUCACUUGCUGUGUUGCCAAUGAUGUGAAUGUCUUAGUUAAUACAUUAUUAAUACAAUAACAAGAUUUUACACUUGAUUUAAAGCUGUACUUAUCUUUUUUUAAUCUUGAUUUUAAAUUGACUAAAUGCAAAAAAGGGGCAGGGUUUGGAUUACAGAUUGAGAUCAAUUUGGGGCAUUUAAAAAUAUAUUUUGUUCAAAGU